AUGAUACGAGCCACCUCCACUCACUCACAGGAAGAAGAAAUGUUUGAUGAGAUCGGUCUCGUCAAUGGCUCCUCGCGAGGACUGUCUGUGUUGCAUAAUUUGGACGGUGCGUGGAAGAUGGUGCAGCUGGAGUCAUUAUUGGCGGCACUGGUGGACAGCAAGGUGGUGGCCAUGAAGGCGGGCAGGACCCGCUACCACCGACCGCCGGACUCCCCAGCCCGCCUGUCCAAGGCAGGUUCCCAGUCUCCGGAUAGCCACAGGCACCACCGGCACCAUCACCACCACCACCACCACUACCAUCAUCACCACCACCAUCACCACCAUCGACACAAGCGCGGUGCUAAGAGCAAGACUGCCCUCUGUAAUGCAGAUGGGUCCACCCUCGUCCUCACGGGACGGCCAGACGUGGCGGAGACAGACUUCUGCAAUGGCAGUCUAGAGGAAGAGCACUGUGCCAAUGGCUGUUCAGUCCACACCAAGUUACGGCUCUCGGACGAUCGCUACGUGACCUUGGACAUGGAGGAUACGUGUGAGCGCCCCAGACGCAAGAGACGCAAGAAAAGAGCCCCGAUCAUCUACCAACAACAAAAAACCAAGGUGCGGGAUCCGGUGGACUUGCCCAAGCGAGCUCGCUGGACCAUCAUUAUCACCGCCGGCUUCCUGUUGCUCACGUGCAUGUUACUCGUGGGCAUCACGCUCAGGAUGGCACCCAUCAUCGACCAGAUGGUGCGGAAUGAGAAUGAACAACUGAUGAACUCGCUCAAUCGCCAAGACUUCAACGAGUCGUUGCUCGCAUGAUGGUGGCUGCUGUUGACCCUUCGUCUCAGCGGUGAGUUUACACUGGCUAGAAUCCAAGUUUCAGAAGAAACGCAGUUGUAUUAUUUA